AUGGCCCAGGCAGCCGAGGAAUACGGCUCUCACGACAAGACUUUCACCGCUCCCGGCAGCGGAACGAUUCGCGUGGUGGACGCGUCCGGAACGACACUGAUGGAGCAGAGCGUCGAGGAAGGCGAUCUCUUCCGGAUGUGCCAGACCAAGGACGAGGCGAUCCAGGACUGGGUAAAGCUCGGGGUCAACCGGGCGAGGAUAACCGGCACACCGGCCAUAUUCUGGCUGGACAAGAACCGGGCCCACGACGCUGAGCUGAUAAAAAAGAUAGACCAGUACCUGCCCGAGCAAGACACGAGCGGGCUGGAAAUCCGCGUCAUGGCUCCCAUUGAGGCGAUUAAAUACACGAUGGAGCGGAGCCGGGCCGGCCAGGACACGAUUUCCGUUACUGGCAACGUGUUGCGGGACUAUCUGACGGACCUCUUCCCCAUCCUGGAGCUGGGCACCAGCGCCAAGAUGCUUUCGGUCGUCCCCCUGCUGAAGGGCGGCGGGAUGUUUGAAACAGGCGCCGGCGGGUCCGCGCCCCGGCACGUUCAGCAGUUCCUGGAAGAAGGGCACCUGCGCUGGGAUUCGCUAGGUGAAUUCUGCGCCCUCGUGGCGUCCUUCGAGCACUGCGCCCGGGCAUUCGAGAACGAGAGAGCCCAACUACUGGCUGAUACCCUAGACCAAGCGAUCGGGGAGCACAUGGAACAGGGCCGGGCGCCGUCAAGGCGGGUGAACGAGCUCGAUACUCGCGGCAGUCAUUUCUACCUUGCCCUGUACUGGGCGAAUGCGCUGGCCGAACAGACCCAGGACCCCGAGCUGCAAGCCCGCUUCAAGGAAGUUGCCCAGAAGUUGACCGCCAACGAAGAAAAAAUCCUCCAGGAACUGAUCGACGCCCCAGGGACAGCCGGUUGA